AUGAAUAACAUCGCAGAGGGGGAGUCUUCGGACUCCGUCGUUGACGCCGCGGCCGGCGGGCACGAAGAGAACCGUAACGAGGCCAUGGAGCUUAGAAAGAUCGAGCUUGAAACGAGCAAAGCCGCCAUGGAGCUUGAAAGAAUGACUAUGCUGCUCGCUAUUGAGAAAGAAAAAACUAAACAAAUCGAGCUCCAAAUGGCUCCUGAGAGGCGAGAGAGCCCAGACGGCGGGGCGCCGCGCGAAAACAGGCUAGAUCACUUCGCCAAAAAGCUCAAAAGCUUGUUGACGCCAAUCCCGUCGGACCCAGAGGUACCAGUGUGGCUUGACGGGAUCGAGGGGAUCUUUAGUUCAUAUAGAGUGCCAGACGAGGUUAAGAGCCACCUCAUACUGCCUUUGGUGACGGGAAGAAUUCGGCACCUUUUUUCCAAGCUCUCGACAGAGGAGUUAGACGAUUACAGUCGGGUGAAGGAAACUAUCCUGUCAGAGCUGAGGCUCUCUCCGGGAGAGUAUCUGAGACAGUUUAAGGGGGCUCGAAAGAACAAAAGCGAAUCGUGGCAGCAUUUUGCGUCACGAUUGUCGAGUUACUUUUCGUACUACAUGGAGGCUCACGAGGUAAAGAGUAGAGACGACCUCGCAAAACUCGUUGUCGCCGACCAGUUAAAGGCAACACUGAGUCACGAGGCGUACAAGUACGUAAAGCAUCAGGAGGGCACGGGCUGGUCGGUGCCGGGAGAAAUGGCCAAGCUGAUCGAAGCGUUUGAGGACGCUGAGGGAAAGGGUGCAGCUGUGGGGCGCGACACAAGGCCUAAGCUGAACGAUGGCCCUCACGGAGAAAACCGCUCGUGGGGUCGCGAAAAGCAGCCCGAUUCCCUACCGCCACCCCGCGCAGGCGAGAAAAAGUCAAAAACUGACAGACCGCCGCUCGCCUGUUUUCUUUGCGGCGGCGGCCAUUUCGCUAGGGAAUGCCCGGGGAGGGGCCAACAGCGAAAAGAAGUUCGGGGAGACGGACCUCGUAAAGGUGACGUCCGAAUGGUGGCGCUAGAAGCCGAAAUCCCGCCCGUCGAUAGGAGUGAGGUGUUGGCAAACGUGUCGCGGGUUGACGAAGCGAAGCCAGGCCUUGCAAACCUGCCCCAGGUAGAAAUUCAAUGCGGUAGCAUUAAAAUCUCGGCGAUCAUAGACACGGGGGCGGAGAUUACGGUAGUACGCAAUAGUUUAAUUCCUAGAGACCUCAUCGAAGAGGCAGGAAAGAUAACCCUCGUGUCUGCCUUCGGAGACAAGGUGACCGCCAAACUGGCUAACAUCGCGUUUCAGCUAGUAAGAGCGGGGGGAAGCCAAUCCGACGUAGACAGGUCUGUCCCCCUAUUGUGCGCGGUGACGGAGAAGCUGUCCCCCGGGGCGGACUGCCUCCUAUCGGGAGAAGCGUGGCAUAUGCUGAAUGAGACGACGGCCCUCCCGCCGGACCAGUCGGGAGAGAGGGCCGCCGAUGAGCUUUGCACAAUCCGCGGGAGCGAAACUGACUCCACUGAAGGAGAAGCGCUUGGGCAGGUGUUGGGACUCUCGGGAGAGGUUCUCGGGGACGUACCUGGCAGUUUGAACCCAACUCUCGGCGGAGGAGAGAACGAGCUCCCCGAGGAACAUUUGAGGUCGGAGGAAAACUCUAUGUUUCGGCAGGCACAGCGUUCCGACUCAGAGCUCAAAGAAGCGUGGGAACAGGCCAAGAAAGGCACACACGGCAUGAGUAUCGUGAAUGGUCUGUUAUUCCACGAGGAUAAGAUAGCCGGCAUUCGCUAUCGGCAACUGAGUCAGACGUGCGCGCGCAUUGUAGGAGCUGCCACGGUUGCCAGGUGA